AAACAGAUAGCUCUGCUGAUCAGGUUGUCUUUGGGAAGAAUGGCACACAUCUUUACAAUGGGGUUCAACGAGCCAUUUGUUUUUGCUAUGGUACUGUAUGUGAUCAGUCUCCAGGUUGAAGCUAAACGACUGCCUUGGCUUUAUCAUGAGGGGGGGGACCGUUCAGGUAUUUCUGACUGGUCAUCUGUAUAUAAACCACUAGGGGAGGGCCACACUGGGGAUUCUUUUGGUAGCUCCUGGUCACAGAGACUUCGGAACUCUGCUCAGGAACCUGUUGGUGAAGUGUUCCGCAAGCCUGCCCAAGAGCCUGCUCUCUCUCAGUCCAAGCAAACACUGCAAGAGCCCAAAAAGCAGCCGUCAUGGAAGUACCCAUGGAUGCCAGAGGAACCCACGAGUCCCGAGGUGCCGGUUGUACCGGUCCCAGCCAACUCUGUGGCUGUGAGGUGCGGCGAAAACAUACUGGUGGAAGUGAACCAGGACUUCUUUGGCACUGGCCAGCUGAUUGAACCAGGUGAUAUCCGUCUUGGUGACUGUUUCAUGACUUCGGAUGAUAUCUCAUCUCGGGUUCUAGUGUUUGACUCUGAAUUGCACCGAUGUGGAAGCAGGCUCCAGAUGAUUGAGGAUGAACUGGUGUAUACUUUCACCCUUGUGUAUGCACCCCAAGCCCUCGGUGCAUCUCCUAUUGUAAGACCAAACAGUGCUACAGUUGACAUAAAAUGCCGUUACUCAAGGGUGCAUAAUGUGAGCAGUGAUGCCCUCAGACCAACUUGGGUCCCUUAUGCUGCCACUAAAGUUGCUGAGGAGGGCUUGACCUUCUCCUUGAGACUCAUGACAGAUGACUGGAAGUUUGUGCGGGCCCCCAACACCUACUACCUGGGAGACACCAUGCAUAUAGAAGCCUCAGUGAUCCAGUACAACCAUGUGCCGUUGCGUGUGUUUGUCCACUCCUGUGUGGCUACUGCAGUCCCUGAUAUGAACGCAUUACCCAAAUAUUCAUUCAUUGAGAACCAUGGGUGUCUCGUUGAUGCCAAGCUGACCGGCUCCAGGUCUCGCUUCCUGCCCAGGGCUCAGGAUGACAAGCUGCGGUUUGAGCUGGAGGCCUUUAGAUUUGCACCAGGAGACGGAGACAAUAUCUAUAUUGCCUGCCAGCUGGUGGCAACCACAGCAUCAACAAUGUCCAACCACAAGGCUUGUUCCUUCUCUAAUGACCGGCAAUGGACUUCUUCUGAUGGCAUGGAUGAGAUGUGUGUCUGCUGUGACUCUACGUGUGGAACAGAAGGGGCUGCAGAUGGACCGUGGGAAUCGGAGGCGCUCUUGGGGCCAAUAAAGGUCAUUGAUGCAUACUGAAAUGUUAUGCAAAUAUCUGCAUUUUAAAUAAAAAUUACAUAAAUCUA